AUGGGAGGUUUCGCAAGAGCACCAGAGGAUAGGCCUACGCCGCCAGAAGUGUACAACUGGAGAGUGUACAUGGCAGCUCUCGUCAUCUCUAUGGGUGUCCUGGCCUACGGAUACGAUUCUGCGUUCAUUGGAACGACCAUUACGCACGAGAGUUUCAAACGCGACUUUGGGCUCAACAACAUGUCAAUAUCCAAGAAGAAUGAAGUCACGAGCAACAUUACUUCGAUUUACUCUGCAGGAGGUCUUGUUGGAGCCCUGCUCAUGUACCCCUCACUCGAACUUCUUGGUCGUCGUAUGACAGUCAUCAUCUCGGACACGAUCUUCAUCAUCGGCGCAAUCAUGUGUACUGUUGCUACCCAUCAGAUCGGCCUUGUCUACGCUGGACGGUUUUUCACCGGAAUGGGUGUUGGUGGCAUCGCUGCCGUUUCUCCUAUUUACAUCGCCGAAAUCUCGCCUCCAGCCAUUCGUGGCCGCUUGACCGGCUUUUUCGAAUCAUUCUACCAAACCGGCGCUGUCAUUGGGUUCUGGAUCAACUAUGGCAUCGUACACAACAUGGAUAGGUCCAAGUCCAUUGCCUGGCGAGUACCCAUGGCCGUGCAGCUCAUUCCUGCUGGACUUCUGGCCUUGAUGAUCCCCUUGUUGAAGGAGUCGCCUACUUGGCUACUGAAGCGCGGACGUAAAGCGGAGGCUCUGAAGGUAUACAGCUUUCUCCGUAACCUGCCUGAGGACCACGAGUACAUUGCACAAGACGUCGAGUUCGUCGAGAUCGAAAUUGCCAAGGAGCGAGCAGCACUUGUUGGAGGUCAGCAGCACGCAAGCUUCCUCCAAGUGAUCAAGGCUGCUGCCAAAGAGGCUUCUCUGCCCGGCAUGCGCAAUCGCUUCUUACUGGUUUUCCUCAUGUUCAUGUGGCAAGCCUGGUCCGGAGCUGCGGCAAUCAACUACUAUUCACCGACGAUCUUCACCUCCAUUGGUCUCUCGGACGUUACCCUCUGGACUGGUGUCUACGGAAUCAUCAAAGCUGGCGGCUCAAUCAUCUUCUUUACCUGGUUCAUCGACAUGUUCGGCCGCAAGUGGCCUUGGAUUAUCUCGUCUCUCAUCUGUGCUUUCUGUCAAUACUAUUUGGCCAUCUACAUCAGUCUCGGUAAGCCGAAGGUCGGUCAGCCCAUGUCCGACUCUACAAUCGCUGGCGGCAAGGGGGCCACCGCUAUGAUCAUGAUCUUCGGUGCUGCCUGGUCAUUCGGUGCGAAUGGCCUUCCCUGGAUCAUUUCAGCCGAGAUCUUCCCGACCACUCUGCGCUCUGUCUCUGGACCUUUCGCAGCUGCAAGUGUUUGGAUCUGGACACUGGUAGUCACCAAGGCUUUGCCUCAGAUGUACACCAGCAUGGGCUGGGGCGUGUACGUCUUCUUUGCUACGUGCUUGAUCUGCGCGAGCAUCUACGCUUGGUUCUUCAUCCACGAUACCAAGGGAUUGCGUACCGACGAGAUGGACAAACUGUUUGGGUUUGAGAGGACCAGGGAGUACGAUGUGCCCACACCGAGCAGCAAGGCAGACGACGAGAGCGAACACAACGAGAAGGUCGCAGCUGUGCAUAUUGAUAAUGCAGGACGCGUUUGA